CGCAGUGCACCCUCUGUGGGGAGCCGGAAGAGGAAGAAGGUGGAGACCUGGCCCAGCCGGGCAUCAGCUUUCCAGGGCCAGCAGAGGAGGACAUAGACCAGCAGUACUCAUGGUCACCAACUCAGCACUUCAAUGAAGAAAGAUACUCCCCUGCUCCCAGGAAUAUGAAAGGAUUAUCUGGAAGUCGAACCCAACCACAGUUAUGUUCUGGUCAUACUUGUGGCUUAACACCCCCUGAAGACUGUGAGCACACACACGACCACCUUCACCAUGGGCCGGAUACAAGACAGUCCUACUUGCUCAGCCCAACAGAGAGCUGCCCUAUGGACCACCACCGCUGCUCCCCCAGGAGCUCCAUCCACUCAGAGUGUAUGAUGAUGCCGGUGGUGCUGGGUGACCACAUGUCCAGUAGCACCUUCCCCAGAAUGCAUUACAGCUCCCAUUAUGACACAAGGGACGAUUGUGCCAUGUCUCAUGCUAGCACGAAAAUCAAUCGUAUUCCAGCUAAUCUUUUGGACCAGUUUGAGAAACAGCUCCCUCUCCACCGGGAUGGAUUCCAUACUUUACAAUACCAGAGGACUUCGACUGCCGCAGAACAGCGCAGUGAGAGUCCGGGCAGAAUACGACACCUCGUCCAUUCUGUCCAAAAACUCUUCACCAAGUCACAUUCUUUAGAAGGUUCUUCCAAGAGUAAUGUCAAUGGGACCAAGGGUGACAGCAGAGUAGAUGACGCCCACCAUGGCCACCACUCUAAACACAGUAAAAGGAGUAAAAGUAAGGAACGUAAGCCCGAGACCAAGCAUAAAUCUGGCAUGAGCAGUUGGUGGAGUUCUGACGACAACCUGGACAGUGACAGCACCUACCGAACACCCAGCGUGAUUAACCGGCACCAUGUGGAUCACAUUUCCCACUGCUACCCGGAGACACUGCAGAGCCCUUUUGGGGAUCUGUCACUGAAGACUUCCAAAAGUAAUAAUGAUGUCAAGUGCUCAGCCUGUGAGGGCUUAGCCUUGACCCCCGAUGCCAAGUACAUGAAACGCAGUUCCUGGUCCACACUCACGGUGAGCCAGGCCAAGGAAGCCUACCGCAAGAGCUCUCUGAACUUGGAGAAGCCCCUGGUCCACCAGGAAAUCAAGCCUUCCUUGAGGCCAUGCCAUUACCUCCAGGUACCUCAAGAUGAAUGGGGAGGGUAUCCCACUGGUGGCAAAGAUGAAGAAAUACCCUGUAGGAGAAUGAGAAGUGGGAGUUAUAUUAAAGCCAUGGGCGACGAGGAGAGUGGAGAAUCAGACUCCAGUCCCAAAACAUCACCAAAGGUAGCAAUCCGACCAGAGCCCUUGAUAAAGUCCACUGGACAGAGACCACUUGGAGACCAUCAAACCCAGAGCUACCUGCAAGCUGCAAGUGACGUGUCUGUGGGUCACAGCCUGGACCCCUCUGCCAACUACAACUCCCCGAAGUUCCGCUCCAGGAACCAGAGCUACAUGCGGGCCGUCAGCACCCUGAGUCAGGCCAGCUGUGUGAGCCAGAUGAGUGAAGCGGAGAUCAAUGGGCAGUUCGAGUCGGUGUGUGAAUCCGUCUUUAGUGAAGUAGAAUCUCAGGCCAUGGAUGCCCUUGACCUCCCUGGGUGUUUCCGAACGAGGAGUCACAGUUACCUUCGAGCCAUUCAAGCUGGCUACUCCCAAGAUGAUGAAUGUAUUCCCACGAUGACCCCCGCCAACAUCGCCUCAACCAUCAGGUCAACAGCAGCUGUUUCAUAUACGAAUUAUAAAAAAACACCUCCGCCGGUACCUCCUCGGACCACCUCCAAGCCUCUGAUUUCGGUAACAGCGCAGAGCAGCACCGAAUCCACACAAGAUGCCUACCAGGACAGUCGUGCUCAGAGGAUGUCCCCAUGGCCCCAGGAUGGCCGUGGCCUCUACAACUCCACAGACAGUCUGGAUAGCAACAAGGCCAUGAAUCUCGCCCUGGAAACAGCUGCUGCCCAGCGCCACGCUGCUGACAGCCAGAGUACUUCCACACGGACCAGCGACAAGGCGAUUCUGGUGUCCAAGGCUGAGGAGUUCCUUAAGAGCCGAUGCUCCUCCAUCGGGAUUCAGGAUUCUGAAUUCCCAGAGCAUCAGCCAUACCCAAGGUCAGAUGUGGAAACAGCUACAGACUCUGACACGGAGAGCCGAGGCCUGCGGGAAUACCACUCUGUUGGUGUGCAAGUGGAAGAUGAAAAGCGACAUGGACGUUUUAAACGCUCAAACAGUGUCACGGCCGCCGUACAAGCUGACUUGGAACUGGAGGGCUUCCCAGGACACGUCACCAUGGAGGACAAAGGUCUCCAGUUUGGCUCUUCCUUCCAGCGGCAUUCAGAACCUAGCACUCCUACCCAGUAUGGAGCAGUAAGAACUGUACGGACCCAGGGCCUCUUCAGUUAUAGAGAAGACUAUAGGACCCAGGUGGACACUUCAAAUCUCCCCCCUCCCGACCCUUGGUUGGAGUCGUCCAUUGAGACAGUAGAGACUGGAAGGAUGUCCCCAUGCCGUAGGGAUGGCUCAUGGUUUUUGAAACUGCUGCAUACAGAGACAAAGAGGAUGGAAGGCUGGUGUAAAGAAAUGGAAAGAGAAGCAGAGGAAAACGAUCUCUCAGAAGAAAUUCUCGGUAAAAUCAGGAGUGCUGUUGGGAGUGCACAGCUGCUUAUGUCCCAGAAAUUCCAGCAAUUUUAUUGGCUUUGCCAGCAGAACAUGGACCCCAGCGCCAUGCCGAGACCAACAUCCCAGGACCUGGCCGGGUACUGGGACAUGCUGCAGCUUUCCAUCGAGGAUGUCAGCAUGAAGUUCGACGAGCUGCACCAGCUGAAGCUCAAUGACUGGAAGAUAAUAGAGUCACCGGAAAGAAAGGAAGAAAGAAAGGUCCCCCCUCCAAUACCAAAGAAGCCCCCCAAAGGGAAAUUUCCUAUUACCAGAGAAAAGUCUCUAGACCUGCCUGACAGACAGCGCCAGGAAGCCCGAAGACGGCUCAUGGCUGCCAAGAGAGCAGCCUCCUUCCGACAGAAUUCUGCCACGGAGCGAGCCGACAGCAUCGAGAUCUACAUCCCGGAGGCCCAGACGCGGCUCUAAGAUGAAGGCGGCGACGUUCACCUUUUCAUUUAUCUUUUCUUUUUAACAAAAUGCUUGUACAGUACAUUGCCUACCUGGUCAUUUUUGUCUCAUUUCCUUCACUGAAUACACCCUUGCUGUCGCAUUCUUUGUACCAUUAACACAGUGGAAUGCUUUGAUCUCCUCCGUUUGCUGAGCCCAGGGCAAGGAUGAAAUUUUUCUUUUUUUUUAAUUGAUGGCCUGACUUACAGUCAACUCUGAUGGAAAAUCUUGGUGAGACCUAACGUAUCCUCCAUAUUCUCAGAGGACAAGAAAUGCCUCUUGAGAUGGAGCCCAGCUUACAUUUUGUUAUUUAUAUUUUUAUAAAUGAUGUGGUCAUUAGAGAUAAGAAUAACAACUAUAAAGGGUGCAUCUCACCACUCACUAGAGGCAUUAGACCACCCAAGUGGAAGGUGCUACGACUUGAAGUACAGGAAGGAAAGCCCCGUUGUGUUCUUCCGUUAACCCCCACUUACUUUUCCCUGAGUGCAGUUUUGACCCAUCAGCCCAUCUUUGCUAUCCGAGUCCUCUCUGUAGAAAACGUCCAGUUCCUUCCAUCAAGUUUAUGGUGAUGAAAAGUGAUCUCUCCAACCACCAAACUCCCUGCCAUAUGGUUCUGAAAAAACACAGGGGAUUACAAGUGUGAACCCAUUAAAAAUACCCAGCACAGUAUGUUCUACCCAUUCAAAACAUAAGCUGAAUGAUCCCACAGGGAAGCAAUGAAUGAAAGAGGUCAGAGCCUUCACAAAGGCCGGGAGUAUAAAGAGAAAAAAAAAAAUUGUCCUUCUAUGAAAUAAUCAUUGUGUUUUUAUUCCUAUGUAAUUUAAGAUAUUACACACGAUGUUUCCCUUAAGUUUCACCAUCUAUGCUACAUGUGAUUUUUUUUAUAUUUGUAUAUAUAUAUUCUCAAAUUGCUCUAUUAGUUGACUCUCCAGGGUAUCCUAAAAAAACAAAACACACACACACACACAUACACCAAAAAAUAAAAAUAAAUUAAAAAAAAC